AUUGCUUGUGUUGCAGUCGAAACGUUGUUUUAUAUUUUUAUUAUUUUAUUGUUUCCCUUCUAUGUGACUUUACCGAAAGAACCAAGAAUAUGCACAAAUAUGUUUAUGGGGCACUUAAAAUCGAGAUUUGUGGGCCUUAAUAAGAAAAAUCUCGGAUUUUCGAUUGUUCCUGUUGUUUGUGUCCCAAAAGCUACCUAUGUACUAAAAUUUCAUCUUUCUACCUUGCCGAGAAGUAACCCUGGAGGUUUUUGAGACAUGUACAAAUCAAGAUCUUUCAUUAUCUCGACAUGCAUUCACGUACCGCAUCGGCAGUUGUUCGUGAUUGCACCGCGGCGUCGAACGCCAUUGAAUCAGAAUCUUUAUUUAUCCUGGAGAAAUCCGAUGAUCUAUGGAGCUCUUUUUCACAGAUGUUCAGUGUUUGAGUGAUUGGAAUAAGGUACGAUUAGUGUCAGGCUCGAUGUUCGGUUAACACUAUAGUACGGAUCAGUGGCAUACCACGCCAUUCACGAUACAGGACAACGUCGCGAAUCUAUGUAUGUUGAACUUAUUUCGUACCGUACGUAGCCAACCGUGCUAAUAGGAGGCGUGGGGGAAGGACAACAAACUAAACACAACAAAAAGCAGUUUUGAAGAAACGAGUGAAAGAAUUAAAGUGAGAAAUUAAUACAAGUGUCACAUAUCCACCCUGACCAAUUAACCGUCCAUACCCAGUGCAAUUGUUGUGCUUGGUGUAACUGUCCUGCUGUGUGUACCUUGUGCUGCACAGGGAUGGCUUUCCAUCAGGGGGUCCCCUAGGCUCAAACUAUAGGUGGUAAUUGGAAUGCUUGAAAUGAGAUUUAAGGCACACCAGGUACUAACCACUUUGCCACUACUCCCCACAAAGGCUCGCUGGCAGGCGAUCAUAGAACCACAACAGAAAUAACUUUCGUUUGCCACCAAGUGGCGGUGGAGUCACCACGGCACUUGUGCCAGACUUAGUGCCCUUUGAGUCCACUUGAAGUGUCGAAGGCUCGCUCGCAGGAGGUCUCGGGAUAAACCCUGGUGUUAUGGGUUGACGCACUAAGAUGUCUUGUAUCUAGAUACGCCACCUGUGUUCCCCAUUGUGCCAACUUGCCGUGUUUUAACCACCCAGCACUCUGCUCAUUGUUGUGAGCAUCGCCCCUCUGCCCUUUGUUGUUUUUGGAGGGUGACUGCCUCUUAACUGCCCAGGAGUGUACCUCACGAGCCUCCUCUCCAGAGGCCGAGCAUGACACUGCUGCUGGUACCAGUCAUCGGCAAGUUCAAUUAGCUCCACAUACUUCUAUAUCACAUAAGUCCAUCUUCUGUCAAACUUUUUGUUCAUGCCUUGAGUUUUUUCUCAUAUUCAUCUUGAGCCCAACAUUGCAGGCUUUUUUUUUAUUAAGCUGUUUAAUCGGAAAUCGUUGUGUAGCUCAUGCCUGUUAUGGGAGUGCUUAAUUUUAGCGAGGACAGUCCAGCACGCUGUACAUUCCAGGAAUAAUUGUUGUAUACCACAUUCAAUCAAUAGGUUUAUAUAGACCUCUUUAUAGGAAUAUAGAGGAUAGUAAUAUCGGAUGAUUAUGUAUAGGCAUACGUGUUACUGCAGUUGGAAUGCUUUUUGUCAAUAAUCUCUACUCUAAGCCAACCGAUUAGCACGGUUGGCUACGCACGGUGCGAAAGAAGUUCAACAUACAUACAUAUAACCUAGCAGCGUUCGGGAAAACAUCGAGUAAGGAAAUAAGCCGUGGCUAUGGUGUAGGUGACACUGCCUGGCGGUAGCUCGUUCGCCGCUUGUUACAGAGGUUCCCGGUUUGAUCCCAGCAGCCGUGCUGGUUAUAACUGCGGUGUGUAGUCACCAAAAAUACACGCCGUCUUCUUCGCAAGAGUAUGCCAUUGUGUGCUGGUGUCACGUGUAAAUUUGCCGAAUUUAAACUUGCCCGCAACUUUCUCAAUUGGAAUUAUACAUCACAGUCAUUGUCCCCCUGCUCCUGAAAACGAGUUUGUGAGACAAGUUUUACUGCGUGAACAUGCGGAAUAAUAAUUACGAUAGGUGUAUUAUGAAGGGACGAGGAUUUUUGUUUGUUGAAGGUAAUGUUUGCGUGAUGCUCAGGUGCCCGUGGAGAGAGGUUUGCUCUUCCUGGACGCUCCGGACGAAGACUCGAGCAACUGGAUGAUGUUUGUGCGUCCGACCAAAACGCAGGAGGAGCAGAACCUGGUGGCCUACCAGGACCAAGGCCAGGUGUAUUUCACCAACACAAAGCCAGAAACCCCUGACCCCUGGAAGUGUUCCAACUGCAGCAACGUGUUCAGCACUUUCUCCCUGCUGGAGUCGCACCACUGCAGCAGCCACGAUGACUCCGAUCUUGAUCCCGCGCGAGUGCUGGAUCUGGAUGAAGGCAAGCAAGCACUCGUUUCGGGCCACCAGACUCAACCGGAGCUGGAGGCGCAACUGACUUUGGCUCGGAGGAAAACUCCUGGCGGCGGCAAAGGUCGCGGACGGCAAAAAGGCAAGCAGAGGGCGGCGGUGGGUCGUCGAGCGGAGGGGCACCUCGCCAACGAAGAGCCGAAGGGCGACUGCAGCCCUGCCGGGUUAACGCUACUACCGAAUCAGAUGGUGCACCCCCCGGGGGCGGACAGGCAAGGGCCGGGCCGGCUGGGCGACGUGGGGCAGAUUGAAGUCGGCGGCCCAGGCCCAACUUCUGGCGGACAGCAGGCGCUGCUUUGCUCGUUGCUCGAGCAGCAGGCCCUGCUGAUCCACCAGCCACCUGCGGUGGAGGAGCUAAGCACUUUUGGACUAAAGGCGGAGCGCGUGCGCGUGCCAGGCGGUGGGCCCGCUGACGCCGGCGACGCCGCCGCCGCCGUGGGCAGCCCGCCCCGACUGCGCGCCGUCAAGCGGGAGGGCCCGGGCCCUCUCCUGUCGUCGCGCCGGCGGGGUCGGGAGGGCCGGCCGCGGCGAGCCUUCCCGUGUAGCGCGUGCGGCAAGGUGUUCAUCAGCGUGGAGAAGCUCAAGGUGCACUCGUACUCGCACACGGGCGAGCGGCCCUACAAGUGUUCCAUAGAGGGCUGCUCCAAAGCCUUCGUCUCCAAGUACAAGCUGCUCAGGCACGUGGCCACCCACUCCCCGCAGAAGACCCACAAGUGCCCGCACUGCGAGAAGAUGUUCCACCGCAAAGACCACCUCAAAAACCACCUGCAGACGCACAACCCCAACAAGCUGGCCUACAAGUGCGAGGAGUGCGGCAAGAAGUACAACACCAAGCUGGGCUUCAGGCGGCACGUGGCGCUGCACGCGGCCGCCAGCGGCGACCUCACGUGCCGCGUUUGUUCGGCGCAGCUGGAGAGCACGCCGACGCUCCUGGAGCACCUCAAGACGCACGCCAGCAAGCCGUCGGCGGGCCUCAAGGAGAAGCGGCACACGUGCGAGCAGUGCGAGCGGCGCUUCUACACGCGCAAGGACGUGCGCCGCCACAUGGUGGUGCACACGGGGCGCAAGGACUUUGUCUGCCAGUUCUGCUCCCAGCGCUUCGGGCGCAAGGACCACCUGACGAGGCACGCCAAGAAGAGCCACGGGCAGGAGGUGCUCAAGGGCCGGAUGGAAACGCACCAGGAAAUAUUGGGCAUGCUGGGUGUGGGAUCGCUGCAGCAGCAGCAGCAGCAGCAGCCGCACCACCACCAUCAUCAUCAUCAGCAUGUGCGGGAAGACUACGGGGGCAUGCUGGCGCAGUCCACCCAAGCCUUUUUGCAGGCCAUGCCGGUUAUGAAUGUGUAUUCGCAAGUAGGGGCGUCGUUGCCGCCUCUCUCCCCCCACCACCACCACCAUCACCACCACCAGCAGCAUCAACCCCAACACCAGCAGCACCACAAUCCGCUCAGCUUGCCAUUGGGCUGCAUGGAACCCGUUUCGUCGCCCAUCCAUUCCUCGACGCCGCAGCACGUGCACGGAUUGCCGUUGACAUUGCCCCACGAGUUGCCGACGCAGAAGUAUCAGCUGGGAUCUACCUCAUUUUGCAGUGACGAGGCCAAGCGCCUCUCACAGCAGCACCAGCAGCACCAGCAGCAGCAGCACCACCAGCAGCAGCAGCACCAGCAGCACCAGCAGCAGCAGCAAUCACCGUCGGCCCACAACACAGGUGGCGCGAUGGAUGACGGCUCGUCUGACCCGCUGCUGCAGAAGGAGAGUGCCGCCAUGGCCGAGACGCUUAGCGCCGCCGGCGUAGACCUUUCGCAGCUGCUCAGCUUCCUGCCGCUGAGUCUCCCGGGGCCCGCCCAGCCAGCCGGCGAUGACAUGGGCGAGACCACCGGCGACGGUGGAGGGGGCUACCUGGCGGGAGAGGACCAAGGCCACAUGGGUGGCGCGCUGGAGCAGGACUCGCUGGAGCCGAGCCAGCAGGGGGUCGGCGGUGGCCUGAACAUGGGGCACAUGCACCCCAUGGUUCCUCCCUAUACCUCAAGCGUCGGCACGCCGUCACUGCCACGCUUCCACCAGGCCUUCCAGUAGUGUGAGGGUCGUGCUGGAGCUAUUGUCACUGCCCUGCUCUGCAUGCUUGUUUUUCAGGGCCAAUAGCAAUCUGUGGAACCGCUAACUUGCUCUGACGGCAUUUAACUCGCUCACAUUUUAAAAGAAUUCCAUUUAUAUUUGAAGAAAGAGUGCCAUUGCGUAUUUCACUUAAGCAUGUGUUGUUCUUGUCAGCUUAGUACCCGCAGUUACUCAAUUUGUAAGCAAAUGUACGUAAAGGGAAGUUGGUGGUCCCACUGACUUAUAUUACUCUGCCGAUUUCACUAUUUAAGUGCGUUUGAUGGUGGCCUGGUUAUUGAGGCACUUUAGUAUGCACCUGUUGGGCGCCCUUUAUUCUUGCCUUACUGUCGAUGGGCAUUUUAUUAAGACACCUGUAAUGUCACUUUACAGACAGUGUGAUAAAGCAUUUAUUAAGUCUGUGCCUACCUAAGUUAUUACAGACUUUGGAAAUGUGGAAAGUAUUAAUUUAAUCCUUAACUGAUUCAGCAUAAAAAAUAUAUAAAUGCCAAAUAGCAUUGGCCAGAAUCAUGUUCCCCCUAUCUAUCAAAGAAAGUGUUAAAGUUAUAUAUUUUUUGCAAACUUAAAUUACACAACUCGUGAUUUUGGGUGGGGUUUUUUUUCCGACUGCUUUAACAGAGGCACUUAAAUCCACACACGAUGUAAAAUUACGAUGUCUUCCCGUGCACCUUUGGGUUGUACCACGUUCUGUCCGGCAUAAUGUCUCAAAGUUCCUGACGAAGCUUCCAAACGUCCGAGAUCGAGCCGAACAAACAUGGGGUACAACCCUAACAACACAUCGGAGAGUGAUGACAGCACAACCGUGAAAACGUACGAAGUGGUAAUUAUAGUAAUAAUGAGUUAUCAGUAAAGCAUUAAAACGCUAUAUAGCAAUUUGGCAAAUAGUGCAUGAUGCCAGGUUUUCCUUUCCAAAGUCUGUAAGGUAUUUCUUAUCUCCUUAUGUCAAAUGGUGAUGAUGUCCAAUGUGUGAAUGUGAAGCACGUGGCAUAACAAACGCCUUAAGGUUGGGACGUCUGUGGGAAUAGUCCCGUUAGUGCCUUGACUAUUCUUUUGUGUCGGUGUUGUGCUCUCGCGUGGCCUUUUGAAGCACACUUCAUCUAACUGUCUGCUCAAGAGUUUAAUCUCCAUCCUGGCCUCAUUGCGUUCUCUUGAAGCGGCAUGUUGUUUACAGUGUUUGACUUUUGCUUUACCCAAAGCAAGGUCUUUGCUAUGAAAGUCGUCACAACAGUUUUGAAAAUGCCUUGGGGAUGAUUCGUAGGCAUUGUGUGUGAUCAUGACUGACAAUGCAACAGAGCAAUCCAUACAACGCCUUGUGGGGACUCAGCUGUUUUGAUUCGGUAACAUUUAUUUUUUGUAGGUUUUUUUUUGGUUGUAAAAGUGAAUUUGAUAGUGCAGCCAUUCAUUGCUUUGCUCGCUUCUUUACUGGCCAAAAGGCUUCCAAUAGAGGCUACACUAAAUGGAGCUUUUGAGAUCCCCUUCAGAGGGUAUUUGGUCUACAUUUCCUCACUGGCCAGGCGUUUUGGAAGUCGUGGAAGUACUGAAACUUUACCCGAUCACACACGGCCUGCUGGUUGACGAACUGUGAUCUACCCAUUUAUAGUGCUUCACGAACGGAGGGUAGACUUAAGAAACUCCCUAUCGGUUCGUUCAACUGCCACGUUGGGAAAUCUAAUCAAGCCUUGACCUCUGGGUUGCUAACCGUUACACUGCGGUAGCAUCCUCAGAUUUAGUUUUACCUUUGGUUAAAUGCAUGACAUGCUUAUCCCCAAAUUCAUACUUUCGACGAUUACACUCACUGGACAUACCGUAGUGUAUACCCAUGACACACAUUUAUAAAAUCCUGACUACAUUAAGCCAAAGAUAUUUGAUUCAAAACCCACAAAAAUCGAAAUGCCUCUCGUCAUUUCAGAAUCUGAGUCGGCGCAGCGUGGCAUGGAUUGCUUGAAACUAGGCAUUAAUUAAAAAAAUACCUGAAGAAUGCGGGCACUUGACAAAAUACCGUUAAGAUCGGAGCAAUUCAUAGGGGGGGGGGGGGGAAGCCCUGUAACUGUUACUUGGGGACAGGACAGUGUUAUUGGGUGAAUUAUUGUACAUUGCGAACUUUUAAAAGGUUUUUUUUAUGUUUCAUAUUUGAAAUGUAUUGUUAAUAACCAUGUUUGCUGCUGCUUAGCCACCAACGUGGCUCAAAAGACUGUUAGAAAGACACAGGAGUUGUGCCGGUAAGCGGAGAGAGGGGGGGCAGAGAUGGAGGGUGGGGGAUAAGGGCACUCUCCGUCCUCUGCGCUGUGUGGAUGGGUGUGCUACUCGCUGGGGGCCAAGAAGGAGCGCUGUGCCAAUUGUCAAAAACCUCCCCCAGCCCCCACGGCCCCCUCUUGCGUUACCCGAACGAGAGUCACACGGAGGGGGCGCCGCCGCCGCCGCCGCCGCCGCGCCUCGCCAACAUUUGCCAAGACAUAUUCUCCCUCGGAUCUUAUUAUUAUUUUUUCUUAUUCCGUGAUGUAAUUUUUGUUGUUGGGUUUUUACAUCUUGUAUGUGUUAAGCUGCCAUGUGAUCCAGGUACGUUUGAUGCACUGCUUUUUCCAAGGAGAGUUUUAUUGGCGUCAGGUUUUGGUCACAGCGGCAGUUAGGCGCCUGUGUUUUUACGACGACGACGUUCCAGUCGAAUAGCGUGGCCGUCAAGUGACACAGUGGGCUGGUUCAGGCAAUGCGCACUUGCUUUAUUACCGCAGUCUGGGAUGCAGAUGAUCUAAUAGUAAGCACUUAACUACACCUGUACAUGUUUAACAUUUUAACAUUUUAAUUGUAUCCUUAAAAUAUUUAGUAAAACAAUUUGGCACUUAGUUUGUUACCUUUACAUGCGAGGAGGAUAACAGCGUAUUGGUUAAACGUAACGACUCUUCCGAAAUCCAUCAAAAAGUGGCAUUUGUACUUCUGUCAGCACGACACUCGGCCAACAGCGUGUAGACUUUCCUUAGAGGUAACUGAUUUGCUUUUGACUGAGCAGUAAGUGGAUGGCGUUGAAGGAGUCCAGCUAGAAUCUUUAUCGACACGUUGAUCAAUAAUCUGCCCUGAAGAGGGAAACUUUGUAUACUAGUUGACGUUGUGGGUUCAUGGCGCCUGCUGCUAUGAAGAAGGGCCAUUGCCCAAAACGUCGAUUAUUUAAUUUAACAAAAAAAUCUCCUUUUGGGCAGUGUUAUUGGCCGAAUGUAUCCAGUUGUUAUUUGUGCUUUGUGCACUCCUGCCAACGCAGCAUCACAAUUUUUCGCGUGAUUUAAACUGAUAGGUUUUGCACACCAAAUACACAAUGGAGACAAUAUUGGGGGACGUCUGGGAUCCCAACCCAUACACAACACGCAUGUUGUUUACGUAAACUGUUGUUGCUCCAGCAGCAACGGAAAAGUGAACGUUGGUUAAAAUUGCGGCAACCACGGUGGCGUAACCAGAUCCAUGGCUGAGCAUCGUCACUCGGGGAGCCGCGGUGUGCCAUGGGGGGU